CCCGUCCUGUGGCUCCACCUGCCCCAGACACAUUAUUAUGUCCCUGUGUGUGAGCACAUAGUGUUCCUCCUGUGAGAGCAGCAGCAGUACCAGCCAUGGCUGCCUCCUCUGUGCUGUCCCUGAGCGGCCUCUGUCACUGGGCUGCCUGGCUCUUCCUCCUCUACCUGCUGUACAAAGCCUCUACGCUGUACCUGAGGUGGCAGCAGCUGCGCCGGGUGUUCUCUGCGUUCCCGGGUCCAGAGCGCCACUGGCUGUACGGCAACGCUCAUGAGCUCAAAGAAGAUGGGACAGAUCUGGACGUCAUGGACGGAUUUGCGAAGCAGUACGAAUAUGGAUACCCGCUGUGGAUUGGAAGCUUCUAUGCGUCACUCAUGGUCGGUCACCCGGAGUAUGCGAAGGCCAUUCUGACUCGGCAGGUUCUUGAGAUAUUGGACAUAAUCGUCGGGUCCCUUACUAUCAGAGGAGGUGACAGGACUGGUGGUUAUAUCAUAGUACAUCAGGGCCUUAUCAAUGCCUUUGGAGAUCCAAAGGAUAACGUUGUCUAUCGCUUCCUAGUCCCAUGGAUUGGGAAAGGACUGCUGGUGUUAUCAGGACCCAAAUGGUUCCAGCACCGCAAGCUGCUGACUCCGGCCUUCCACUAUGACGUCCUGAAGCCGUAUAUCAAAUUAAUGUCAGACUGCACCAAUACCAUGCUGGACACAUGGGAGAAGCUGGUCCCCGAUCAGAAGCCGCUGGAGCUCUUCCAUUAUGUCAGCCUCAUGACCCUGGACAGCAUUAUGAAAUGCGCCUUCAGCUACGAGAGCAACUGCCAGAAUGACAGUGAGAAUGAGUACAUCAAAGCUGUGUAUGAGCUGUCCCACCUGGUGGAAUACAGGUCCCGCUGUUACCCCUACCAUAAUUCUCUCAUCUUCUACCUGAGCCCACAUGGAGCGCGCUUUCGGAGAGCGCUGAAAAUUGUGCAUGAGCACACGUCUAAUGUAAUAAAACAGAGAAAAGAAGCGCUGAAGCAGGUGACUGAGCUGGAGAAGGUGAAGCAGAGGAGACAUUUGGAUUUUCUGGACAUCCUAUUAUAUGCCAAGGAUGAGAACGGGCAGGGCCUGUCUGAUGAGGAUCUGCAGGCGGAGGUGGACACGUUCAUGUUUGAGGGACAUGACACCACAGCCAGCGGGGUCUCCUGGACAUUAUACUGUUUGGCCAAGCACCCAGAGCACCAGGAGAAAUGCCGGGAGGAGAUCCGAGAGGUCCUGGGGGAGCGGAACACCGUGGAGUGGGAGGAUCUGGGUAAGAUGCCGUACACCACCAUGUGUGUUAAGGAGAGUAUGCGCCUCUAUCCACCUGUACCAGUAGUGGCUCGUGAGCUCAGCCAGCCAAUCACCUUCUGCGAUGGGCGGAGCCUGCCCAAAGGUACAAAUGUUUUCCUGAAUAUAUUCAGUAUUAACAGAAACCCCGACAUGUGGGAAGAACCAGAGGUGUUCGACCCUCUGAGAUUUUCACCUGAUAAUCCAAUCAAGAAACACGCGUACAGCUUCAUUCCUUUCUCAGCCGGAUCAAGAAACUGCAUUGGACAGAACUUUGCCAUGCACGAGAUGAAAGUCGCCGUCGCUCUGACGUUACAGAGAUUUGAGCUGACUCCAGAUCUGGACAAGGACAAAGAGCCACUGAAAGCCAUUCUGGUAGUGCUGCGCUCUCUGAACGGCAUUCACGUGAAUCUGAGGAAACUGCAGAGAAAAUCCUGAACGCAGGAGGCUGUUCUGUGCUGAUAUUGUAUGUUCUGCUUCUAUGUCAGAGAGAUCAGUAAAUGUGAAUGUGAUGUACUAACAA